CCGCUUAACGCUGAUUGGGCGCUGGGGACCUAUCAUCCAAUCCAUCGCACAGUCAACGGAGCGGGGGAUCAAGACAUUGGUAGCAGGAUAGCAGUCAGCGCAGCUGCGACCGGCGACGGAAUCAUCGGUCCGGUAACCGAACUCAAGCUAAAGACGUUCGAAUAGCUAUGUCUGAGGCGGGAAACCUGGGAUGCGUUGUCGUGGCCGUCGAUGGCAGCGAGGAGAGUAUGAGCGCGUUAACAUGGGCGCUCAACAAUCUCAAGCUCCGAUCGCCUGGAUCCGAUUCUACUUUUGUUAUCCUCCACGUCCAGUCACCGCCCUCCAUCGCCGCCGGUCUUAAUCCUGGUGCCAUUCCUUUCGGCGGACCCAGUGACCUGGAAGUGCCUGCAUUCACUGCUGCGAUUGAAACCCACCAAAAGCGCAUCACCGAUGCCAUACUGGAUCACGCCUUAGGGAUUUGUUCCAAAUUAAAUGUGAAUGUCAAAACCCAUGUGGUUGUUGGAGAUCCAAAGGAGAAAAUUUGUGAAGCUGUCCAGAAUUUGCAUGCUGACUUGCUUGUGAUGGGUUCUCGUGCGUUCGGUCCUAUUAAGAGGAUGUUCCUGGGAAGUGUUAGCAACUACUGCACCCACCAUGCUCAAUGCCCUGUUAUGAUUAUAAAGGAAAAGGACACUGCCAACAAGACAAAUUAGCGCACGGCUUUAUCGCCACAUACAAUUUGCAAGACGACUAUAUUUUGAAACAAUUUGAUUCCAUGUUCUGGGUGUGGAUUGCUGUAUGUCAGUUGUUGGUGGUGCAUCUCUACUUAUAAAUUCAUUUGGUCAGACCUCAAGCCGUUUCGUGCUCAGGAUUUUAUGUUUAACCGAACCUCUGUGUAGCUCAGUUCCAAUGCUUCUGUCUGCUAGUUGGCUGCUGCUGCUCAGGUUCUGCUACAACCACUUGUUUUCACGUGUUGUGGACUGUGCUACUUUGAUGCGGUGUGAAGUUGUUGCAGGGAAGAGUGCUUCAUCUGUGCUAUUAUCACUUCGCAAGUAAUUCGAGUCUGGUUUCAAAUGUCUCCGAAUCAAACUUUACGCGCUCUUUUUGCUUUGUUGUACAUUAAUAAGCGUGUUAUAUUUUGUUUACCAAAAGAAAUAAAUAAGUUUACCGUAUAAAGGGAGUAAUAUUCCGAACAUAUAAUAUCGUCGCAGAAUGCUUAUGUUGAUUCAAGUAUUGCUUGCCCUGGUCAGCCUGCUA